AGAAAGUGCGUGUGGGCACAUGGACCGAGCGGUGCUGUGAGUGGAAGCAACAAUACAGUCGACAAGGGGGAGUUUCUUCUUGCAAAGCGCAUGCAAUCCCUACAAAAAUUCCCAGUGACUUCAGAUCCAAGGAGGUGGUGAUAUUCAUGGGAGCACGAUUCAAACUCGCUCACUUGGAGUAGGAAUACAGCUUCAGCAGCCCUGGAGCCAACGCGCUGCUCUCUUUGCGCCUCUUUUCUUGUUUGACAUAACCCAAAACAGAUGGAAUAAUGAUUGCUUAAAAUAACACUUUCUCAGCGCUGGAAGGAGAAAAAGCUGAUAGUUGCUGACUUUUUGGACUCUAGUUAGGUGCUGAUCUGAUAACCUGAAGAAAUUCUGCUUACGCCUUACCUGGGCAUUAUGAAGAGGUAUCCAGGCUUCUUUCAUUCUUGGGAGAGGAUGCCGUCUUGCUGAACUCGUGUAGACUAACCGCGUUUGUUAUUUUUUGUAUUUAAGUUGCUCAUUUGUAAUUUCAGUGGCUCUGCGUAAAACUGUAACGCGAUCUGCGCUUUUACGCGGUAGUUUCAAAACUUUGCAUGCUCAAAAUGGACCGUGCAGGAUUUGCUGUUUUAGUGGUUCUGGCUGUCGCGCUCAUGCGGGUUAUUGACAGUCACAGGGACACAACAGGUGGGAGGAUAGAGGGCGCAGGGGCAGGCCGGGUGGUGUGGCACCAGCAGCAGUCCCGGGGGAUCAGUCAAGGUCACUCGCCAAAGGGACCGUCGGACGGUGCUUCCUCGGGACCGUCGGGUGAAACCUCCAGCCAGUCUCGGAUUCUGGUGCGUCUGCCCAGAGGAGCAUCAGCGCACACAUCCAAAGCAGGAGCCGCACAGGAAGACCAAGCCUCUGCGCCGCGGGAUGGCGCGCAGCGCGUCGCCAGACACCCGGUCAGCCAGCAGCAGAGAACCAGAGUGAACCGCAGGCAGAGCAGCAAGCCCGGCUCUGCCAGCAGCAGGCGACUUGUUGGACCCAAUGUCUGUGGAGGUCAGCAGUGCUGCUCUGGGUGGGCGCUGGCACCAGGAACCAACCGCUGCAUAAAACCUGACUGCCAGCCCCCCUGCCAGAACCGCGGCUCCUGCAGCCGACCACAUACCUGUGUGUGUCGCUCAGGCUUCCAAGGGCCCCGCUGUGAGGAGGUGGCUCCGGAGCAGGUGUACAUCCGCGAUCGAGGCGCCCUGAGGCGAGUUCAACCAGGCACCAACCCUUUCCAGAGAGACCAACCGCAGAGAAGGCCCUCAGAAAGGCACGCCAUUGAUACCACCAAGGUCCAGACCCCACGACCUGUGACUACCAGACUGCCCGACCACACUGCGACCCAAGUGAGACGGGGACCCCCUGACUCCUCCCCUCAGCAGACCGGGACCUCCCGGACCGUGAAACGUUAUCCAUCAUCCUCCGGGCCUAUAACCUCCAACGCUCUACCCAGUGGCACCGGUUAUGCUAAUGGACACAGCAAUGAGCACAGGAACUUGUAUGGACGCAGGAAUGGGCACAGCAGCACACACUCCCACAACACUCACAGGCAGACCAGCGACAGCCAGCUUCACGGACAGUUCAACAACGCUUUACUACCAGGCGGGGCCAACCUCACCUCCAACCUGGACCGCAUUAAGAUCGUCUUCACACCUAUGCUGUGCCGCAGGGUGUGCAAUGGUGGGCGCUGCUACAACAACUGCGAGAAGGGAGACAUCACCACGGUCUACAGCGAGACCUCGCAACAGCAGCAGCAGCAGCAGCAGCAGCAGCCAAAGAACCAGGGCUUCCGACUCUUCUUUUGUCAGAUCCCCUGCCUUAAUGGAGGGCGAUGCAUUGGCAGGGACCAGUGCUGGUGUCCGUCAAACUCAACGGGAAAGUUCUGCCACCUGCCAGCUCCACCUCCUUCCAGACCCACCCCUCAUAGCCACAAGGAUGCCGGCCACCAGGGACCAAAAUCACCAUCCCACUCCAUGUACACUCUGCCGCUGUCCAAUCAGCAAGCGUCCCUCCACCCAUCCUUGGUGAACGUCCACAUCCAGCAUCCUCCAGAGGCCGAAGUCCAGAUCCACCAAGUAGCUCGAGUCCAGCCUGGGCAGAGACAAGCCACCACUGAGGGGGCUCACUCUGUCCAGCAGCGCUCGCAGCCUGGGAAUGGACACGAACACACCAGUGAGCACAGCAGUAGACACCCUCACACCAAUGGAAACGGCCAUAGCCACACCACAACGCGCAUCCGCCAGAACGGACAUGUUGGAAGAUGCUUUCAGGAGACAGUCGACGGACAGUGUGGCAAGCCUCUGCCAGGCCUGACCAAACAGGAUGAUUGCUGUGGAAGUGUUGGCGCCUCCUGGGGACUGAACAAAUGCCAAAAGUGUCCAACCAAACCAGCGUUCGCAGUGAUCGCAAAUGGACAAGUGGAAUGUCCCAAAGGUUUUAAAAGGAUGAAUGUCACGCACUGUCAAGACAUCAACGAGUGCCUGUUGCCUGGGAUAUGUAAGAAUGCUGAAUGUGUCAACGCCAAAGGAAGCUACAGGUGCACAUGUAAGCAGGGCUACAUGUUGGAUGCUGCAAGGAGCCACUGUGUCUCUGACAAAGCGGUGUCUGACCAGAGGGCGGCGUGCUACCGAUCGAUUUCAGCAGGGACAUGUUCUCUGCCGCUUGCCAAUCACCUCACCAAGCAGAUUUGCUGUUGCAGCCGAGUGGGCAAAGCCUGGGGAUCCGGGUGUGAUCGCUGCCCUCUGCCAGAAUCAGACCACUUCAAGGAGAUCUGCCCAGCUGGUCACGGAUAUACUUACUCUCGAUCUGAUGUGCAGAUUUCUCUCAGACAGCUGGAGGCUGAUGAGCUGCAGAGCACAGGGUUGUCUCUGGAGGAGGAGAACCCCACUUAUCCUCAGUUUCCAUCUUCUCAGCCUUCAGUGCCGCAGUUUCCCAGCUACCCGCAAACACCACAAGUACCCCAAUACCCUGAAUAUCCCGAGACACCACAAGCACCCCAGUACCCUUUGACUCCACAGCAUCCUUUCUAUCCAGCCAGAGAAACACCCAGACAGCCAGACGAUGUGGAAAUUCUGAGCCCGCCAGCUGUUGUGACUGAUUCACCACUGAAAUAUUCAGAGACUCCUCCAGACUCGAAUGUCGACCUGACGGCAGAUACAAAGGAAAUAAUAGACUCACCGACUGGUAAGGACAAGUGUGCCAUUACUCCCACCAUAUGUGGCCGCGGGACAUGUGUUCCUGUGCAGACUGGAUACACCUGCCACUGUGAGCCAGGAUUCAAGCUCAGUGCACUGCAGACCAACUGCAUUGAUGUAAAUGAGUGUGAUGAGGACCCAUGUGAAGGAAAGGGCCGCUGUAUAAACAGCUAUGGCUCCUACACCUGUCAGUGCCACAGCGGCUACAGCCAGGUGAUCACUCAGAACAGGAAAUUCUGUCAAGACAUUAAUGAGUGCAGCAUGCCCAGCAAGUGCCAGAAUGGCAACUGCGUCAACACAGAGGGAUCUUACACCUGUGAAUGCAACACUGGCUACGCCAAGUCUUGGAGAGGCCUAUGUGAAGAUAUGGAUGAGUGCAGGGAUCCUAGUUCCUGUCACAACGGUGUCUGCGUCAACACUGUUGGCUCCUUCCACUGCCAGGCCUGCGACCCGGGGUUCAGGCCUGUCAAUGAAAGAUGUGUGGAUGUAAACGAAUGCUUGAACCCAUCCAUCUGCGGUCAUGGUAGAUGUCUCAACACCGAGGGCUCCUACACAUGCAACUGUUUCCAAGGCUACAAACUCUCACCAGACAACGUUUGCCAAGAUGUGGAUGAGUGUGCGCUUCCGGGAGUAUGUCUCCACGGCCGCUGUGUCAAUCUGGACGGCACCCACAAAUGCACCUGUAACCAUGGUUACCAAGUCACCUCAGACAGCAAAUCCUGUGAAGAUGUCAACGAGUGCGCAACCGGUAAUGCAUGCCCUGCGGGAAUUUGCAUCAACACUGCAGGUUCCUACACUUGCCAGGAUUGCAGGCCUGGGUUUGGACCAUCUGCUGACGGACUGAGAUGUGAAGAUGUUGACGAGUGUGCCCAGGGUGACUUGUGUCUGGGUGGAGUGUGCGCCAACACUGACGGAUCCUACACUUGCACCAGAUGUAAGACUGGCUACAGAGUGUCUCAAGACCGGCAGAGGUGUGAAGAUAUUGAUGAAUGCCUGUCCCUGUCUACCUGUGCCAACGGGAUCUGUCUAAACUCAGAAGGUUCCUACACCUGUGAGAACUGCCCUACAGGCUACAGAGUGUCAUAUGAUGGGGAGCUCUGUGAAGAUGUGGAUGAGUGCGCGCUGCCCACAACAUGCCCCCAGGGAACCUGUACAAACACAGAGGGUUCGUUCACAUGUGUCGUCUGUCAGCCUGGUUUCAGAGUGUCUGAGGAUGGACAGCAGUGUGACGAUGUGGAUGAGUGCCUGGUGGCUGACUCGUGCCCGGGCCAGCUGUGUCUGAACACACCAGGAUCCUACACCUGUAGAAGCUGUGACGAUGGAUUUCAACUGUCUAAAGAUGGUCACAACUGUGAAGACAUUAAUGAGUGCCAGACCCCAGGUGUUUGCCCCACGGGUGUUUGCGCCAACACAGAGGGCUCCUUCUCCUGCAUGGCCCUAGAACGGGGCUUCUCAGUGUCACCCGACGGGCUCUCAUUUGAAGAUAUGAAUGAAUGCGAGGACACCAGCCUGUGUGUGGGAGGCCACUGCACCAACACCGAUGGCUCCUAUAGCUGCGUUUGCCCGUCUGGUCUGGAGCUGGUGGAUGGGACACACUGCAGAGAUAUCAAUGAGUGUUUAACCGUCAUGGGGAUCUGUGGGGAAGGUGACUGUCUGAACAGUGAAGGCUCCUUCUCAUGCGUCUGCUCUAAUGGAUAUACCACCAUCGAAGGAGGGACCGGCUGCCGAGAUGUGGAUGAAUGCAGUAAAGACAAUGUGUGCGUUCGAGGACAGUGUCUCAACACCGAUGGCUCCUUCUUAUGCUUGUGUGAGGCUGGAUUCAAGUUCAACGAUGAUACGGCUGACUGUGAAGACCAGAAUGAGUGCAAGGAGUUUGGAAGCUCGGUGUGUGGUACCUGGCGCUGCGAGAACACCAUCGGUUCCUACCGGUGCUUCAUGGGUUGCCAGCCUGGCCAAGAGGGCACUGCAGACUGUGAUAUUGAUGAGUGCGACAAUGAAACAAUCUGUGGGAACCACGGCUUCUGCGAGAAUACAGAUGGCUCCUUCCGCUGUCAGUGUGACCAAGGAUACGCCAACCCACCCGGAGAUACGAGCAGAUGUGUCGACGUGAACGAGUGCGAGAUGAGCUUGGCAGUGUGCGGUGAGGUCCUGUGUGAGAACGUCGAUGGCAGCUUCCUGUGCAUCUGCCCCAACGACAAUGAGGAAUUUGAUCCCAUCACCAGCCAGUGCCGCUCCAUUGCUCUGCUUGACACCAAACCCAUCCCUUCGUCCGCUCCCUCAGGGGAGGAGAAGAGGAAGGAGUGCUACUAUAAUGUGGAUGAUAGGAACUUCUGCGAUAACGUCUUGUCUCGCAACAUCACCAAGCAGGAGUGCUGCUGUACAGUCGGUUCAGGCUGGGGUGACAAUUGCGAGAUCCACCCCUGUCCAGUCCUAGGAAGAGAGGAUUAUAUCCAGUUGUGUCCCCAUGGCUCGGGAUUAAUUCCCUUGCCUGUUUCCUCUACACAAAGUCUCGGAGAACAACGGCCUUACAUAGAUGCAAAUGAGUGUGAGAUGUUUGAAUCUGACAUUUGUAAGAAUGGACGGUGUUCAAAUAGCUUAGCCAGCUAUACCUGCUUCUGUCGCUCCGGCUUCUACUACGACAACAUCCGGCUUGAAUGCGUGGAUUAUGAUGAGUGUGAAUUUAGAAACUCCUGUGAGAAUGGAGAAUGUGUGAACACACCCGGGUCUUUCAACUGUUUCUGCAGUCCUCCAUUAGUGUUGGACAGCACACGGCGACGCUGCAUUGGUGUGAACACCACAGAAGGGCCUAUAGAAUAUGAUCACGAUGUGCAUGUGGACAUCUGCUGGCAGCGAAUUGAAGGGGACAACAUGUGUGCGGAGCCCCUCCAGGGACGCAGAACUACAUACACUGAAUGCUGCUGUCUGUAUGGGAUCGCCUGGAGUGGAAAUUGUGCCUUCUGUCCCAAGAGAUACUCUGAGGACUACGCAAUAAUGUGCAACCUGCCUUGGAGGGAAGGUUCAGAUAGUCUGCGAGAGCGGAUCGGAUACGAGUAUGGUGGUGAGGGGCCCGAGGAUCCUGCAGAGCAUUUAGGUCCUCCAUACUGGGAUAAUUAUGGCGGCGCUGCAGGACCCUAUGACAUUCCUGAGAGCGUUCCCCUGUUUAUUGACAAUGACUACAGCAUUCAGCAGCCACCAGUCCGAGUCCCCAUCCAACGACCACGAGAGAACCAGCCACAACAUGUGCACCCCUAUGCUGAUCGCAAUGAGGGGUUUGAGGGUCUCCGAGCAGAAGAAUGUGGAGUCCUGAAUGGGUGUGAAAACGGCCGCUGUGUGCGUGUGCGAGAAGGCUACACCUGCGACUGCUUCGACGGUUACAAACUUGACCUCGACAAGAUGGCCUGUAUAGACAUAAACGAAUGUAAGGACAUCAGCGACAAGGUGCCCUUGUGUCAGAACGGGCACUGCACCAACACAGACGGAUCCUACAAGUGCACCUGUUUGCCAGGCUUUGUGGCCUCUGCCAAGCCGCACAAAUGCAUCCCAACAAUCCCGGAGGCUGGUCUUAGGGAGGCGGGAAACUGAGACAGAGACCGUCGGAGCGCUGGCUUCUCCUGCUCCCUCAAAGAUCACCUUUCAUCCCUCUGCCCUUUCCCCCCGAGGGCCCGGCACUAAACCUCCAAUAGUAACGCUGAAACGUCCAAACUCGUUUCCCUGCAUACCACAAACACACACCGGCACAAACAUGUACACACAAAAGCACACACACUUGCAUUCAGCACAGAACACAUUCACAUCCCCCCCUCAUACACAUUCAAGAGGACCAGGAACUGUGCAGUGAAUGUAUUACAUGGGAUUUAGGAUUCACCAGAUAUCCAUUUGCCUUAAAGGGAUUUUGUGGACUGAUCUUUUUUAUUCAGUAACCCCAGGCAAUUUGAUAUACAGAUAUGCUUUCCACAUUAUUUUCUCUGUCACUUUCCUUUUUUCCUCUUUUUUUGUGUUAUUUAUUUCAUUUACAUGACGGGCCUCUGCAAACUAAGAAAGCAACCUAUUUCAGAGGGCAUACUUGAUUCCUCUUGUUUUAUUUGUCUCGCCAAUUGACUUCAGAGAGAGUGUGGGGAGAUAGUAAAUGUAUUUUGUAAAGGAAGGAAUGUCAUAAGAUUUCAGCCAUACUAUAUCAGCAUGUGCGUCACUGUCAAACCUCUCACCAAAAUAUGUCUCACUCAGUCACUGUAAUUUGCUUUGGCCUUGGACUAAACGGACGCCAGGGUCGACCAACUUCCAAAAUCAUUCAAAGAACAAACUUUUCCCACAGCAGCCUUUCUUCAAGAUUAACUGCAAGCUGAAGAUGAAGAAUCUCUGGACCAAGAACUGAUACGUCAGCACAGCCAAACUUCCACAUUCAAAACUUCCGCCUUUAUGUGCGCACAGAAAGACUGUAGAUGUAUAUGAUGAUCUAUGUAAUGUUCUGAAAGCGGUGCAAUAGGUGUGACCUGCCUUCUUCUGUUUGACACCAUUUUCAUAUAGUUCCAGCAAUGAAGUAGGAAAGCAUGGACUCAGUUCCUGACCCCGACUUUUUUUUUCUUUCUAACAGUAUUAACUUGUUUUAUACUUCUGAAAAAAAGAAAAACAACAAAAAAAAUCAUAUGCACCCUGAGUUUGAUGCUAGGCUAAGUUCUAGCCUAGUGCAGAAAGGUAAGCUCAUUUAACAAUCAAAAAAAUCACCGCUUAAAAUGAGAGAUUGGUUUUAUGCACCAAUGACACACAGGCAAUUAGAUCUCUGCUCUCACAUCAGACCAUUCCCAUGUGUGCAUCUCUGAAUGCAUGUCAAGACAAAGGCUUCGUUGGAGAGGUUUGGUAUAUUUUGUACAGAUCUAGUACUAUGUAUUAUUUUUGUUACAUAUUCUCUUAAUGCAUUAUAGCACAACCAAUAUUUUGUUUGACAUAAAACAUAAAAUGUAAGAAAAAUCUGGCAUUAUAGCUUUGUAGAUUUAUAUAUGUCUGUAAAAAUGUUUUUUUAAACAUAUCUUUUUAUGUAUGAGGAGAGUGGCUGACACUGUACCAGAGGAACUGUGUGUAUUCCCUGCCCUGUGGAGCAGACAAUGAAUUAUAUUUUUUGGAAGUGGCAGCACUGUUCUAAUCGCAGACAUUUUGUCUCCAUAAGUUCAUUACAAAGACAAUACUUUUGAAAUGCAAGCACCGACUUCUGUGCAUCACAACUUUACAGCUAAAUAUUAGUAAUUGUGAGCAUUAUUUCUUUUUAGUCUCUAUUGGAUCCUUACGUCAUGAAUGUAUCACAGACAGUAUCCGCCUCCGCCUCUGGUUAAUGAAUUCAUACCCAUUCAUACAUUGUAGUCUUUUAUAGUCAGGAAGAAAUCUCAGCAGAAUCAUUAAAGUCUAAUUCUAACUUUGGAUGAUAGCUAAUGUUGAUGGCUUAUACAGUUAACCUGCAUUCAUAAUCUCUAAAGCUACAACAAAUGUGUUCACUCGAUGCCCACCGUAUUUCACUGUGCUGUCCGGAAACAUUUAGGUCAAAGUCGGAAUGGUUAAAAACUUUCAAAACCACAAAUGACUUGAGAUAAAUGCCUUGUUGUGAAGCUGUGGUCAAUGGAAAUAUCAUGCUCAUUCAUUUUGUUUACCUCUUGACUGUAAUCACUAUCAGUCAUCAAAAUAAAACAUAAAAAAUA